AUUCCGGCUCCCGAUUGGUCUGCGGCGUCAGUAGGUCCCGGAGGUCGCGCUCGCAGUGACAGGAAGGCAGGUUUUUUUUUUCAGUGUGGAGUGUGCAGUGUCAGGCUGCUCCCCGCCCCCCUGCUCUCUCUGCCCGUGUGCCCGUGUUCACGCUGGCAUCGAGGAUGGAGGUCCCGUCGUACCAGUCUCGCCUGCUCGGGGAGCUGAACGAGCAGCGCAAGCGCGACUUCUUCUGUGAUUGCAGCGUGCUGGUGGAGGGGCGUCUCUUCAAGGCUCACCGCAACGUGCUGUUCGCCAGCAGCGGCUACUUCCGCGCCCUGCUGGUGCGCUGCCUGCAGGAGCCCGGCCGGCCCGGCAGCACCGCCGUGCUGGACAUCGUGACGGCCGACGCCUUCGCUCUCAUCCUGGACUUCGUGUACUCGGGCCGGCUGGAGCUGCGCAGCGACAACGUCAUCGAGGUCAUGAGCGCCGCCAGCUACCUGCAGAUGACCGACGCGGUCAGCACCUGCAAGAGCUUCAUCCGCUCCUCCCUGGAGAUCUGCAGCCGCGAGAGGGAGGGGCUGGCGGACAGCGGCACGGGGGGGGUCUCCGAUGAGCCCGCGCUGCCGCCCAGCUCCGAGAGAGAGGGCUCCACCAGAGGGGAGGAGCUCCCCGGCUUUCUCCCCGUGGAUCUGGCUCUGAAACCUCCUCCUGCCCCCUCCUCCUCGUCCGUGGACAAGCCCAGCCACUCCCCCCCCUCCUCCUCCUCCUCCCCCUGCUCCUCCUCCUCCCUGCUCCUCAUGGGCCUGGCCAACCCCAAGACAGAGUUCGACCCCGACGAGGAAGGGGAGGAGUCAGUGGAGGAGAAGCCCCCGUUCCACGCCCCGCCCCCGGACUGUGACAGGCCCAGCCCCUGCUCCCAGCCCCCCAGCAGCGACGGCUACCCUGUGAAGCAGUUCCUGGAGGCGCUGCUGAGGGGCGGCGGGGGGGAGCCCAGGAGGGAGGAGCUGCUGCAGCACUUCAACCACAGCCUGGGGGGAGGGAGCAGCGGGGAGGAGGGGGGCGGCUUCUCCACGCCGUCCCUCAUGGAGAUCCACAGUGACUGGUAUGGGGAGGACACAGGAGACGGCCUGGUGGCGUCGGUGAAGCUCCACAGGUGCCCGUUCUGCCCGUACACCGCCAAACAGAAGGGCAUCCUGAAGAGACACAUCCGCUGCCACACCGGGGAGAGACCCUACCCCUGCGAGACCUGCGGCAAGAGAUUCACCCGACAGGAGCACCUGAGGAGCCACUCGCUGAGCGUGCAUCGCUCCAGCUGGCCCAUCGUGUGUAAGGGUUGCCGGCGCACGUUCUCAGGCGCUGUCUCUCACGGGCUGAAGCGCUUCGGACUGUGCGACGGCUGCACCUGCGUCACCACCACGCACGAGGACCCUGCCCCCAUCAACCUCAGCCAAUCAGAGGGGGCCGAGCGCAGCGACGGGGACGGCGAUUGGCCGGUCUACAUCGGGGAGUCGGGGGAGGCGGAGCCGAGGGGAAGGGAAGGGGAGGAGCUGGAUGACAAGCACCAGCUGCACAGGCAGCUCUCGGAGUGCGAGGGGUUAAUGUAGGAGAGCGAGGUGCGGAGCGGAGAACAGAACAUUCAUCUACACAACUGUGCCAUGUGAACCACUCGAACAACAUGGACGGUACUCAGCUGCAAAUAAAAGAGCAAUCUCUGAAAAACGGUCUGUUCAAUCCCAAACCUAAUAAUGAAAAGAGGUUACAAAAAAAACAAAUCGUGCUAUUACGUGAAAAAGCUGACAACAGUUCUGUUCCCCAACCCCAAAACUACGAGGUGUAGAGGAGAGGAGAGAGGGGGAGGGGGAGGGGGAGGGGGAGGGGGAGGGGGGAGGGGGAGGGGGGGGGAGAGCUGAGCUGCUCAGGGGUUAUGGGAUGAGGUACGCUGCGCAGCUCUGCCUGCCUGUCUGCCUCUCAGUCAGCUGUAUCCUGAUUACUGGAUGAGGGAAGAGAGGUCCAGGGCAGGCUUGAGGCACAGAGACUGAGCUGCUCCCUCCCUCC